CGUUUGUUGUUCUUUCUUCGUCCUAAAGCCAGCUUGAGUGCCGCCACAGGCCUCUCCAGAUACAUUAGUGCGCCGCCGAUACCAGCAACUGUUGCCCGCUUCCACUGCUCCACUCCGGCGAGAAAUGCGGCGUACUUCGGAGCUGGAUGCGCUGACGCGGCAGCUCGGAUCGUUGGCGUCGUCUCGGUGCUAAGACUGCUCGCAGUCGCAGGAGCUCGAUUCGUCGACGGGACAUCAGGGACUUCCAGAUUCCGUUGUUCAGAUGCUAAUGGCUGUGUCUGCCUUUCUCUUCCUACCAUUCUCAAGGAGCUACCUUUCCCCUUGCUUCCCCUGUUGAUCCGCUCUCCUUCAGGAAACACCAUUCCUAUUCAUCACCCACAUACUCCUUCAUACACAGGCCAUCUUCAUCCAGAGCGAGAAUCAGGAGAAGGCUGUGACGACAAGAUGCUGAAGAAAUUGCUGUUGAAGACUAAGAGCAAGAAGAAGAAGGAGGCUGCCUCUUCUGCCCUCCCCACUUUGGAUCGCCUGCACGAGACCCUGGAAAUGCUGGAGAAGAAAGAGCGUUUUCUUCAGAAGAAGUCUUCUGCAGAAGUAGAAAAGGCUAAGGAUUAUACAAAGGCAAAGAACAAGAAUGCUGCAAUUCAAUGUUUAAAGAAAAAGAAGUUGUAUGAAACACAAAUUGAGCAGCUGUCAAAUUUUCAAUUGCGAGUCCAUGAUCAGAUUAUAAUGCUUGAGAAUGCUAAGGCAACUACUGACACAGUUGAUGCUUUGCGCUCUGGAUCAUCUGCUGUCAAAGCUAUUCAACAGUCCCUGAGUAUUGAUGACAUUGAAAAUGCAAUAGAUGAUGCGAACGAGCAAACAGAAAACAUGAAACAGAUACAGGAAGCACUUGCAACACCAUUCGGUGCUUCAGCUGAAUUCGACGAGGAUGAGUUAGAGGCGGAGCUGGAAGAUCUCGAGGAUGAAGAGCUGGAAAAUGAGCUGCCUGAACCGCCACAGGGGAUACCCGUGGCGCCAUCUGCGUCUGAGGCAAAGUCUUCCCGGCCGAUGGCCAAUGAUUUCGCUGAACUGACCAAGCUCCAAGCAGAGAUGGCCCUUUAGAAACUGUGUUUCAGGUAGGAUGCUGACAUUGAAACCUCUGUAUAAAUCUCAGACAUUCUGAUGCGUGCAUGUUGUGAAAUUGAGCCUGUUUUGUCGAACA